AUGGAAUCACACCAGAUGCACGCCCAGGCUCCAGGACAAUACAAUGUCGCGCUUGAACACGCCAAAGGGCAGAUGCACACAGAUAACAGGACAGCUCAUACUCAAUUUAGCGCAGCAUCACAUACAACCAGUAGCUGCACGAAUCCUCAAAGUAUGAAUGUACAAUCUGUGUCAAAUGCAGGUAUUGCAGGUAUGAAUGCACAAUCUGUUUCACACACUAGGAUUUCAGGCAUGAAUGUGCAAUCUGUUUCUAAGGCAGGUAGGUCAGCUAUGAAUGUGCAAUCUGUUCCAAAUAGAGGUCUGUCGGCUAUGAAUGUGGCAACAUCCCAAUUGCAAGUUGGUGGUGUCAAUGCAGUGCAUGGAACAUUGGGUCAUGAUGCGGUUGGGAACCAUAACAUACAGAGUUCAGCUGGGGGAGGUGGUGUGUCAAGGAGGGUUUCUAGUGUUGCGAAUGCCAGCAUGAGUGACCAGAAUGCAUCAGGCUUGGGGUCUACUAACCCUCCCUUUACCGGUGUCCGUAGUGCUCGCGAUCUCUUCUCUUUGUUGCAGACCGCAGCGCAGAUGGAACCGCAACAGGUUGAUAUGCCUUCGGCUUCGUCUACUUCUACUUCAGCGAAUCCUCCUGAACAGGCGGGUUCAUCGUUACAGCGAGGAGCGUCUACCGACUCCAAUCAACGGGAAGAUGCUUCAAGGCCUGAUCCUUCUGCUUCAGGUCCGGAGUCUCAGGACAAUGCAGUUGCCGUCCCCGGACCUGUCAGCGGCGCCAAGAGGAUCUGGAUCGUGGGGCACUCCUAUGUGCAUUGGGCCUCCAUCCGUAGUUCCGCCCUUCCGGGGGGACAGAAUUUGGGCUUUCCUUUCACCCUAGAUUCAAUUAGAUGGUUAGGGGAGAGAGGGAUGUGUUGGCCCGCGCUUCCAUCGCGUAUUCCGGAGGCCCUAGUACGCUGGGGUAAACCUCAUGUUAUAAUUCUCCAUAUAGGGGGCAAUGAUUUGGGCGCCAUUCCGAUCUUGGAGCUAAUCAAGAUCAUGCAGGCGGAUAUCGCUUGGAUCAGGGCUCGGAUUCCGAAUGUGUUGGUCGGUUGGUCCAACAUAGUUCCCAGGCUGGAAUGGCAUCACAUGUCUAGCCACAGCACUGCUUACUAG